UAUUCCAUUUAUUCUUGUGAUGUGAAUUGUGUUGCUCUGUGGUACAAACGCGCGGCGAUUUCAUUUUAGUCGACUUAAGUUUUGAUUUAAGUGUUAAGCACCUCAACAAUAGUGCAUUGUUGUUAAAGAAAAAAACCAAAAUGAUUUUUGUUUUUAUAUUAAAUAUUUAUAUAUGUUUGUGACAAGUUAAUAUAAUUUUAAAUAUAGAAGUAUGGAAGAAUUGUAUAUUGCGGCCUUAGAUAUAGGAACGACCUCAAUUCGUUGUCAUAUCGUAAAUCGACAAUGUGUGACCGUUGGUAUCGCAUCAAAUAAGAUUCAAUUAGUGUACCCUGAACCUGGACAUGUGGAAAUUGAACCUGAUACAUUAUGGCUAUCAAUUAAAAGUGUUAUUUAUAAUGCUAUAGCAAAUGCACAUUUGACUGCUGGGCAAAUAUCAUGCUUGGGUAUAACAACACAACGAGCCACAUUUAUAACAUGGGAUCAAUUAACAGGCGAACCAUUCCAUAAUUUUAUAACAUGGAAAGACAUCCGUGCAAAUAGUUUAGUACAAAUGUGGAAUAAAUCAUUUACUAUGAAAACAAUUCGCACAGCAUCGUAUAUUAUGUACUUAAUAACAAAAAAUAGACGGUACUUAGCGGCUAGUGUGAUUAAUUUUAGUUGUGCCCAAGUCACUUUACGCCUAUUAUGGGUAAUCCAACAUUGUGUUAAAUUGAAGGAGGCUAUAUCAAAAAACCGUGCAAUGUUUGGCACAAUAGACUCAUGGUUAAUUUACAAAUUAACCAAUGGACGUGUUCAUGUAACGGACAUAUCUAAUGCAAGCGCAACUGGAAUGUACGAUCCUUUCUUAUGUAGUUGGUCCGAUUUAAUGAAUAAUGUUUUUAAAAUUCCACAAAGUAUACUGCCAAAAGUUGUCGAUAAUGUUGCAAAAGAAUUUGGAUCAACUCACUCGAAAAUCUUUGGCGUGGAAAUUCCAAUUGUUUGUUCAAUUGCUGAUCAAUCAGCGUCCGUUUUUGCAUCUGGUUGCUAUGAAACAGGUAAUUUAAAAAUGACAUUAGGUACAGGAAGUUUUUUAGACAUAGUAACUGGGUCAAUCCCUUAUGCUAGUGUAUGUGGAGUUUAUCCAUUAAUUGGUUGGAAAGUUGGAAAAGAACUUCUAUAUCUUGUAGAAGGUGCUACAAAUGAUACUGGAACAAUCAUUGAAUGGGCGCUAAAGGUCGAAUUAUUGACAAAUCCUAUGGAAUCAUCAGAGUUAGCGUAUAAAGCAGGAAGCUCCGAUGGUAUAUAUUUUAUUCCAGCAUUUAGUGGUUUAGGGCCACCAAUAAAUGAUUUAGAGGCUGCAAGUGGAUUUAUAGGCAUCAAACCGACGACAACAAAAGAAUGUAUGGUUCGUGCUGUAUUGGAAAGUAUAGUUUUCCGGCUAGUGCAAUUGUUACAAGUUGUUAUUGAAGAAAUCGAUAUUACCCCAACGGUUUUGAGAGUUGAUGGCGGAGUAUCUCAAAAUAAUUUUAUUUGCCAAUUAUUGGCAGAUAUGACUGGAUUGACAGUCGAAAGAUCAAAAAAUGCAGAAAUGACUGUAUUGGGUGUAGUAUUUUUAACAGGAUUAAAUUUUGGUUUUUGGAAAACCAAGAAUGAAUUAAAAGCUUUUAAUGAAAGUCCGGAUAUAUUUAAAGCAAAUAUAGAUAAUGGAGAGAAUUAUAAAAUAAUUUUCAAUCAAUGGAAUAAAGCUGUGAAUAGAUUUAAAAGUUGGUAUAAAAUACGAUGAGCAUGAUAGCUGCUUUCCUUUUACACUAAAGAAAUUGAAAUGAAAUAUUGAUUUCACUCUAUAAUGGUUUAGUCAAUAUAAACAUUCCAUGGUUUAAUAUUGUAAAAUGACAUAUUUUAAAAUACACUCAUAGAAUUGACGCUAUAAGUAAGACGCUAUUUUCUCGAAAUUGUUGGUUUUGUAUUAUAAGAAUAUUUUAUUUUCCAAUUGAGGUUUUAAUAUGAGGUUUGUGAAAGUCGUAAUCUUCAAGGGGUUGAAAUUUUCACUUAAAAUUAGAUUAUAAUAAAUGCAUAGCAUUGUUUCAGCCGCAGAGCAUUGUUCAAAAAAAAUUUUAAGCUACGAAUUAUUUGAAAUCUGUGUUCUAUAAUCUUUAAAAAGUAAAGCUCAUUAAAAUGUAAAUUAAAAAUGUUUUGGUAAGUGAUUUUGCAUAACGACAUACCGUCUUACAAACAAUUGAAUUUACACGAAGAUGCAUUGAAAGUUUUGUCUAGAAAGUUUAAAAUUUAGUGUAAAAUGCA